AUGAGGCUCUCCACUUGGAAGGCCUUCACAACACUGAACAUAUUCGCUUCCCUUCCACUCGCAACUAGCAAGAUAACCCACAAUGCGCAACCAUUAUCUCAACAGCAACCGCCAGCUGACCUCCGCGAUGGCGAAUCUCUCCCAAGUACCUCGUUACUGGUGACCGCAGUGCUCAACUCGCCCUCUCCGCCACACCACGCCAUCAUUGAAUGCUGGGCAUUUUCGACUCCAUUCAAAACAUAUCCUACGGUCGGCAAAGCCCUGACUCUAGGCGAUACCAGAAAUGCCACUUACGUGGUGCUGCCUCCACAGAGUGCGGAAGGCUGGCAUCGCCCUCCAGCCAAUAUGUAUUUCAUACUCCUCUCAGGCGCCGCCCAUGUUCAUGCACCUUCCCCAUCCACGGGCAUCGGGGAAAAUAUGCAGCACGCGCACGAACACUUGUAUAUCAAGCCUGGCCAGAAUCAGCUGAUCAUCGCCGUCGAUGGGGAUCGGAGUGCUCCUGGCCAUCUGACCUACUACCCAGGCGAUACGGAAACGGUGGCCCUCCAGGUUCCUUUCCGUGGUGGCAUUGUUCCAGAUCAUAGCGUCGUCAAGGCUGGUGCAUGUGAGGGGCCAACCGACGAGGUCAUUGAACCAUGGUAG